CUGUCGACGGUGACACGUUCAAGACGUUAUGUUAUAAGUGCCGGUUGCGUUUCAGGUUGGUCGCCUGUGACAGGCGGAGCGAGAAACGACGACGACGACAAGACAAGACAAGACAAAGCACACACAACAGGGGCUGAGGGUGAAGCAGCGGCGGUGGAGGAGAAAGAGGGAACAGCGGCAGCGCAGGAAGUUAGCCCGAUUGGCCUGAAGGUGAACAAACAUCGUUGUAAAUCAUGCAACCUUAGGUUUUCUCAUAUCAUAAAGUCGCUGGACGACUACGGGCACCGUCGAAGCCCCGCCGACUCGUCGUACUUCGUUUGGCUUCCGGCCGAGACAGGCGAGAGCUUCGGCUGCUUGACCGCACCUAGACCCCCGGAUCAGCUGUAG